AUGAAGUUCGCUGCCGUCCUCGCCCUCGCCGCUGGCGCCAUGGCCUUCAAGAACGAGACCGUCGUCUACACCACCGAGGUCGUCACCGCCGUCACCACCUACUGCCCCGGCCCCACCACCAUCACCCACGGCGAGAACACCUACACCGUCACCGAGGCCACCACUCUCACCAUCUCCGACUGCCCCUGCACCAUCAAGGUGCCCGUGACCACCAUCUCCUCGGUCGUCUGCAACAACUGCCCCCCCGCCUACCACAACAGCACCUCGGCCGCUCCCCCGGCUGUCUCCACCCCGGGUCGGCACCGUCUCUCUCCCCCCCGUCCCGGUCCCCACCACCACCGCCACCUCCCCGCCCAUUGA